CUAACCCAGGCUCAGAGUAGCUGCUGUUUCUGAGAGAACGAUUCGUAGGACAGCCCCUGACGCGAUUCCCUUUUGCCCUUCUUUCUGCGGGCCUUUCCGGUACUUGAGCGGUGCCCAGAGCGUGGCCGGUUCUCGUCUGUCUGGCUGCCUUUAGGGAGAGGUGCCUAGCGUUGGCCAAUAGUUGGCUGUCGAAAGUGCCGGCCCCCGCGCCGGCGCCUGCAGCAGCCGGGUGGGAAGGCUCAAGAUGGCGUGCCUGUUGGAGACCCCAAUCCGCAUGAGCGUCCUUUCGGACCAGGAAUGAAAGUUACUGGGAGAUAACUUCGAAGGAUUUUGCAACAAAUUCGAGCUGUCCGACUCUGAGAAUGGAAGUAACAGCUAGCAGUCGCCACUAUGUUGACAGGCUAUUUGACCCUGAUCCCCAGAAAGUUCUACAAGGUGUCAUAGACAUGAAAAAUGCUGUAAUUGGAAACAACAAGCAGAAAGCCAAUCUCAUUGUUUUAGGAGCUGUUCCAAGAUUGUUGUACUUGCUUCAGCAAGAAACCUCGAGCACAGAGCUGAAAACUGAAUGUGCAGUGGUGUUGGGAAGUCUUGCUAUGGGUACUGAAAACAAUGUCAAGUCUCUACUGGACUGCCAUAUUAUCCCUGCCUUAUUGCAAGGACUACUGUCCCCAGACCUGAAGUUUAUUGAAGCUUGCCUCCGAUGCCUGCGUACCAUCUUUACCAGUCCUGUCACUCCAGAGGAGCUACUGUAUACAGAUGCCACAGUGAUACCGCACCUCAUGGCACUGCUUAGCAGAUCUCGCUAUACCCAGGAGUACAUCUGUCAGAUCUUCUCACACUGCUGUAAAGGGCCUGAUCAUCAAACAAUUUUAUUUAACCAUGGUGCAGUUCAGAAUAUUGCUCACCUACUAACCUCACUGUCCUACAAAGUUCGAAUGCAAGCACUGAAAUGUUUCUCAGUUUUAGCUUUUGAAAACCCCCAGGUAUCGAUGACCCUGGUAAAUGUUUUGGUUGAUGGAGAAUUGUUACCACAGAUUUUUGUGAAGAUGUUACAGAGGGAUAAGCCUAUUGAGAUGCAGCUCACAUCAGCAAAAUGUUUAACUUACAUGUGUAGAGCUGGAGCAAUUCGGACAGAUGAUAACUGUAUUGUAUUAAAGACAUUACCUUGUUUGGUUCGAAUGUGCAGUAAGGAGAGAUUACUAGAGGAGAGAGUUGAAGGAGCUGAGACACUUGCCUAUCUGAUUGAACCAGAUGUUGAGCUACAGAGAAUCGCUAGCAUAACUGAUCACCUCAUUGCCAUGCUUGCUGAUUAUUUCAAGUAUCCCAGCUCAGUGAGUGCCAUCACUGAUAUUAAAAGGCUUGAUCAUGAUUUAAAACAUGCUCACGAACUCCGCCAGGCUGCAUUCAAGCUCUAUGCCUCUCUUGGAGCAAAUGAUGAAGACAUCCGGAAGAAGAUCAUUGAGACUGAAAAUAUGAUGGACCGAAUUGUGACUGGCUUGUCUGAGUCUAGUGUCAAGGUGCGGUUAGCUGCCGUCAGAUGUUUGCACAGUUUAUCCAGAUCUGUGCAGCAGCUUCGAACCAGUUUCCAGGAUCAUGCUGUGUGGAAACCUUUAAUGAAGGUUUUACAAAAUGCACCAGAUGAAAUCCUAGUGGUAGCAUCUUCCAUGCUAUGUAAUCUUCUUCUUGAAUUUUCUCCAAGCAAAGAGCCAAUUUUGGAAUCAGGAGCCGUAGAGCUACUUUGUGGAUUAACUCAGAGUGAAAAUCCCGCUUUACGAGUGAAUGGAAUUUGGGCUUUAAUGAAUAUGGCAUUUCAGGCUGAACAAAAAAUAAAAGCAGAUAUUUUGCGAAGCUUGAGUACUGAACAGCUAUUCCGGUUAUUAUCAGAUUCAGAUUUGAAUGUGCUGAUGAAGACAUUGGGACUUCUUAGAAAUCUCCUCUCUACUCGUCCUCAUAUAGAUAAAAUAAUGAGUACUCAUGGAAAGCAAAUUAUGCAAGCCGUCACUCUUAUUCUAGAAGGGGAACAUAACAUUGAGGUCAAAGAGCAGACACUGUGCAUCUUAGCCAACAUAGCAGAUGGAACAACAGCAAAAGAUCUUAUUAUGACCAAUGAUGAUAUCCUUCAGAAAAUCAAGUAUUACAUGGGCCAUUCACAUGUUAAACUGCAGCUUGCAGCCAUGUUUUGCAUAUCAAACCUCAUAUGGAAUGAAGAGGAAGGUUCACAAGAACGCCAGGAUAAAUUACGAGACAUGGGCAUCGUAGAUAUUCUACACAAACUGAGUCAGUCACCAGAUUCAAACCUUUGUGACAAGGCAAAGAUGGCACUGCAGCAGUACCUGGCAUGAUGGGAGUGCCCCUGGGCACCUGCGAGCAUCCCACCUCCUUGUUUAAGGAAGUACAGGAACCAGCCUCAUUUGAUUCCUUCUAUUUGCACAAGUCACCUUGGACUGCAGGGAGCUGUUUUGCAAAAGCAGUUUAGUAGGCUUAGAUCUCAAAUUCAUCUUGAGAACAUUUUUUUGAGGUAGUAAUUUCCUCAGAAGACUCUUGUGUUUUGUUUUGGUUUUUUUUUCUGAGCUACUCGGACUCUUUAUUAGAACAAUCAAUCAUUUUCCUUUGGACCUACAAUUUUUUGCCUAUGCUGCAGCCACUUUGUGAGUGAGAAUGAAUAUGUCUGUGUGAACACACAGGCAUGCGUGUGUAUGUGCACGUACAUGGGCCAGAAUGAAUGGAUGUGUGUGUGUGAGGGAUACCUCAGAUUUUUCUUUUCUUAUUUUGUGUGAAAAUCUCUUUUCUACAGAUUUUCCAGGGUUUAAGCAUUGCUUGCUGUAUAAAAAACUUUACUGAAUUAUAUACAGUUUGAAUGAAAUGUUAUUUUAAAAACAAAACAAUUGUUAAGUGUUCCAUAAAGGUUAUGUUGAAUUUUGGUCAGAUGAAUAUUUGUAAGUAAAAAAUAUAUGCAUUUCUGAACCUCAA